AGCGUUGAGGUUGGGUUUGUCUCUUUGUCAGCUGUACGCUCGGGACGCUAUAAAAAGUAUAUAUACUGUAUACUAUAGUCGGUUAACAUACUGAAGCGUCGUUCGCGUGGAUUUUUGUGACGUGCUUGUGUCAGUCGUUUCCCUGCGACAAUAGAAUUAUCGAAAAAUGUCGUACGGCAGUGAUCCCUGAGGUUGUGCGUUGGAAUCUUGAAGAGUUGCUGGUACUGCUUUGAGAAAGAAGAUCGUGCCAGGGAGAAAGGGACAGAGAAGAAAUGCAGUCCCAGGGAGGAACGGCCCGGGCCUGGGCGAGGCCCAUCUUAUUGUUGCUUCUAGUCUGCGGAACUCUGGCCGAUGCUACCAGGCUCAGGCAUUCCCGUCACCUCGACGUCAGAUCACAGUUGCAAAAUGACGCCAUAUUACAGAUCCAACUCAGCCACAACCACAAGCCGGUGUUUUCGAAUUGUUCGAAUUACGCGCCAGUCGUCAAGGAGGAGCAACCACCUGGUACAAGGGUUAUUGAAGUUCAUGCGGAGGAUCGUGACCCACCGGAGGAGGGAGGCACCAUCACCUACACGCUCGCCACGUCCCCAGCGGAGAAACUCAAGUUUCAGAUUAACAACAUAACCGGCGUAAUCACUACGACCCUGUUCUUGGACAGGGACGAACCAACGCGUGAAAAGGAAGCUUAUCUAACUGUUUUGGCUACUGAUAACGGCAGACCACCCCUCGAGGACGUUUGCACCUUUAAAGUUACCAUCGAGGAUAUCAAUGACAAUGCUCCAGUAUUUGACAAAGUGGCCUACACGGAAUCCGUACCUCAGGAUCUACCCCUUGGAAGAGAGGUCAUGCGCGUCUCUGCUACAGACAUUGACGAUGGGAAUAAUUCCCUCGUUCAUUACAUUCUCACCCCUAAGAACCGUAAAGACGGGGUCUACUUUAGGAUCGACGAAGAAACUGGAAUUAUCUUCUUGAACAAGACCAUCGACAAAAAUCCAGAGUACAAGUUCAGCAUGACCGCCAGAGCCCAGGACAAGGGUGUGGAGCCAAAGUUCAACGUGAUUGACCUGGAUAUACGUGUGGUGGAGUCGCACAAGAAGGCGCCAUCUUUCUUACCCAGGCCAGACGAACCAAUUAGGCUUAAAGAGAAUUACAGUGACUUCGAUGCCAGCAUCGUCAGACUAGAGGCCGUCUCCAACAUUGACCAGAGUUCAGGCGAUCUUUUCUUUGAGCUUGUGACUGGCAGAACCGAGCAGACCAACAAGGGAAAUACUUUUAGGAUUGUGUCCUUGAAGAACAUUGCUGAUAUCAAGUUGGCCAAGCACCUCGACUACGAGAGCAACACCGAGUACACUCUGAUCGUCCGGGUGGUGAAUAAAUAUCAAUUGGCUGCUGAGACUGUGGUAAACAUCAAAGUGUUAGACGUGAAUGACAAUAUACCUAUAUUUCGUGAGAUAGAGAAGGGGAGCGUCCUGGAGAACGAACCACCUGGUGCACCCGUGAUGCAAGUCCGAGCCAUCGACGCGGAUGGAACGUCUGCGCAUAAUCAGGUCACUUAUAAACUGGGCAACUUCUUGGACCUUUUCACCAUAGACAACAUCACGGGAAACAUCACAACGCUCACUACCUUUGACAGGGAAGCCGAGGACAGUUACAGCGUGAGGGUGAUAGCCACGGAUAAUUCACCUAGUGCGCUAUUUAAGACGGGAGAGCAUAACAAGGGUCAGCAAGUGUUCCAGAUAUAUAUUGCUGAUAAGAACGAUAAUCCUCCGCACUUUACUCAGCCUAUUUACACGGCCACCGCCAUUCUGGAAGAUGCGAAUAUUAAUGCUCAGGUCACCAAAGUUGAGGCUAUCGAUUCGGAUACGGCAAGUCCGGUGACUUACAGCAUCAUCUCUGGGAAUACCGAUGACAGCUUUUACAUUGACAGUCGUCUUGGAGAGAUUCGUGUUAAUAAGCCUUUGGAUUACGAAAAGAUUACUGAGUAUAAUUUGACGGUCAGGGCCUUUGAUGGGGUUUAUAAUGACACCGCCCAGGUGAAGAUCUUCAUUGAGGAUGUCAAUGACAAUCCGCCUGUUUUCGAGGACUUUGAAAGGAACCCAACUAUCUACGAGGAGCAAUUGGUAGAUGGUUGUAUCACUACUGUUGUUGCUUAUGAUCCUGAUAUCAAGGAUAGAAACGCGGAUCAGCACAUCGCUUAUUUUAUAUAUAAGGAAGAUCAAAAACCUUUGAUUGGCAUUGAUAAGACUGGUUGUAUGACCCUGAAGAAGCCUCUCGAUCACGAUCCACCUUUUGGCUACCCCAUGUGGACGAUAAUUGUCACAGCCCUAGACCAAGACGACGCUCCCACUGCUUUGAGAAAGUUGGUUCCGGUGAAUAUUACCCUUAUCGACAUAAACGAUAACGCUCCAUUCCUGGAUAUGCCGCACCCGGUCGUCUGGUACGAGAGAGAGCCACCAGGACAGAUAACUGAACUAAAAGCUAGAGAUUGGGAUUCCGACGAGAAUGGUCCCCCAUUCGAAUACAAAAUAGAUGAUUCAGCUGGCGAAGAGAUACUCUCAAAAUUUAAAAUCAGAAAUACCUACCUGGACGCCGUCGUUGUAUUCGAUCGUGAAGAAAGGAAGAGCUACGAUAUUCCUAUAUCCAUAACAGACAGUGGAAAACCACCAAUGACGGGAACGUCUACUCUGACUGUCAUAAUUGGCGAUAGGAACGACAACGCCAUGCAAGAAGGAUCCAGCUCUAUAUUUGUGUAUAAUUACAAGGGAGAGACUCCAGAUACUGAGAUAGGACGGGUAUACGUAAAUGAUUUGGAUGACUGGGACCUGCCCGACAAGCGUUUUGGCUGGGCAACUGAGCCUCACGAGGGCUUCCGCCUGAACCCGGACAACGGAAUGAUCACAUUACUAGCAGGAACAACAAAUGAUACAUUCGUCCUAAAGUUCAAGGUCACUGAAGAGAGUGCAAAUGUUCCAAAGCACCACGUGAACGCCUACGUGAACGUGACAGUCAAGGAGAUCCCUGAGGAAGCCGUUAUGAAGUCCGGAUCUGUCAGAUUCUUCGGUAUGACCGCAGAGCAGUUCGUCGCUCCCGAUGCGUCUGGGGUCAGCAAGAAGGAAAUUCUUCAGGAACGUCUGGCAACAAUGCUCAACACUUCAGUGGAAAACGUGGACGUCUUCACAGUUUUGCACUCACCUCAUCACAACAAUCGCAGCCUCCUGGACGUCCGGUUUUCGGCCCACGGCAGCCCUUACUAUGCACCGGAGAAAUUGAACACGAUUGCCGCUCAACAUUCUAAGGAAAUCGAACGGGAGAUGAACGCUGAUAUUAUGCUUAUCAAUAUCGAUGAAUGCCUCUUCGAGAAAGUUCAUUGUAAUAAUUCUUGUAGAAGUUACUUGAACGCUACUAGCAUUCCGUCUCCCGUUUAUACAAACACCAGCUCCUUCGUCGGCGUGCACGCGGUUGUUGAUCCACAAUGUACCUGUCACGUCGCCGAGCCAAUUGUUUGUCUCAAUGGCGGUACUCCUCUCACCGAGAGGUGUGAAUGUCCUCCAGGAUUGGAAGGACCACGUUGUGAAUUAUUGGGAAUUGGUUUCCAUGGGGAUGGUUGGGCUGUCAUGCCACCUCCUGGACAGGCAUGCGACGACUCGCACUUGAGCUUGGAAAUUACACCGCACGUUGACCAUGGUCUUGUCUUUUACUUUGGUCCUAUGAGCUACAGUCCUAAGCUGGGAAUUCGAGAUUUUAUGGCUCUUGAAAUUCAGGACGGAUAUGCCGUCUUGUACGUGGACUAUGGUAGUGGUACUGUAAGACUGGAUCAGAAGCACAACAGGAUGAUGGAUGGUAAAAAUCAUAGGAUUGACGUUUUCUGGACGAAAAAUAUUAUAGAGAUGCAAGUGGACAAUUGCGGUAUGUCUGCAUGCGUCAGUCUAAAGGCUCCCGUACGACCCAACGAAUUCCUCAAUGUGAACAGUCCUUUACAAGUUGGGGGAACUUGGACGAAUCUGGCUCAAAUGGCAAGUGACUUAGGCUGGGAUCACAGACCCACUGACAAAGGAUUCGUCGGCUGUAUACGUAAUAUGACAAUUAAUGGAAACACGUACAAUCUUGGGAUGCCUACAAUAUCAAAGAAUGCAGAUCCUGGUUGUGAUCAUGGAAUGGCUAAAGCUGUAUCGUUUGGCAUUGAUACUAAUUUCCUGGUGGCCAUCCUGGUGUGCGUCGCCAUCCUCCUGAUUCUUCUGCUCGCUGUGGUGGUCCAUCGCAGGAAGACAGAUGAUCUUUACAAGGAUAUGGAUGAUAUUCGGGAGAACAUAAUCAACUACGAAGAUGAGGGUGGUGGCGAGGUUGAUACUGGGUACGACUUGAACGUCCUCAGGGCGAUGUACGACGCACCACCUCUCGAUUCAAAAAUUGCUCCUGUGGGUCUCCAGGGUAGAGCUCCCGAUGAGGUUCCUGACAUCUGCGGAUUCCUCGACGGCAAAAAAGAAAGCUGUGAUAAGGAUCCUGACACUAAUCCAUUCGACGACGUCAGGCAUUACGCUUACGAGGGUGAAGGGAACUCCGACGGCUCUCUGUCAUCCUUGGCUUCCUGCACCGACGACGGCGAUCUGAAGUUCAACUAUCUGUCGAACUUUGGUCCACGGUUCAGGAAGCUGGCGGAUAUGUACGGCGAGGAGCCAAGUGACGAGGAUAGCGACGGCGUUGGUGAGCGCGAGAGCGAAAGUUGGUGUUGAGCCGACGAAGAAGAUGUCCAACAAUAGAAAAGACUUAUACCUUACGAAUUCCCUCACUUACGCAACUUUCGACAUUAUUGUACUUAAAAAGAAAACGCCGAGGAUGCCACAACCACAAUGCCCUCAGUGACAUCUGACGGUGAACUGUGAAUUGUGAUCUGGUGAACCCUCCCACUUAUCUACCGUCAAAGCAAAGAGAUUCGCGGUAUGCUCGAUAAAAAGCCAAAUACCAUAUGGCCAUGAUGAAAUUUCUGCAGAACCACGUGAAAGUUCGGAUUCAACCUCCAGCAGAAAAUAAGACAUAAACAAUCACUUAAAUAAUCCCAAGGUUUUUUUUUAAAAAAAUUAGAACCAAAAGAAAUUCCAGCAUCAUUUUCCAUGUUACACAAUUUCAAAUCAAAGAAGCGUUUAAGGAUUCUUGUCCCUCCUGUAGAGAUGUGUAUCGAUGAGGAUGAAGGUUAUAGAUAUUUUUUGUUUAUUACUGGGUAAAGUCACGACGAGAUAAAGAAUUAUUGUUUAUUUUGUUAAUAUUUUUUUUUUUACAAACAAGAAAAAAUAAAUUAGGGUAACGCGAAACUCAUAGGUAAUAAACCUGUGACAUAUCCGACUGAAUUUAAAAAAAAAAAGAAAAUUAUCUCGCCGGCCCGGGCAGCACGAGAUUUACAAAUCCGAUCAAUGUGUCAGCCUCGAGGACAGAAAUAAUGAUGAAAUAAAUUAUUAUCUCACACGUACAGCUAACUUGACGAGGAGUCAUAAAUCGUGUGUUAAAUUUUCCGUAAGAGAUCCUCGAGUCUAACACAAUCAGUUUUCUCGUUCGUAAACACGUACCGGAUUGCCCGGGCUAUUUUUAUACAAAUAAAUACAUAAAUAUAUAUAUAUACAUACACACACAGCAUAUAUAUCUAUAUAUUUAUAUAUAUAAAUUAAUAACGGCACACCGAUAGAAGUCGAUGUCCAAUAUAAUACACGAUAACGACACUUUGAGAGAGCCGUAUUAACUGCAGAGUAUAAUGCACAGUGAAAACGUCAUUCGCAUUUGGAUGAUGUAAGAUGACGUUGUUGAGGUUGACGGUACGGCAUUUAUGGCUAAAUAAGACGUAUUUAAUUUAUAUGUAAUAUUUUAAUAAUCUUACUUACGAGUGAGACGUUGCGUAUAGGGUGAAUUGAGUGCGCGUAACUGUCUGUCUGUCUAGCGAGUAAGUAAGAGUUGAACCGUCAGCGAAUAAGUUGUUUAAUGAUAAACAAAGAGAAAAAGCUGUAUGAAUGAAUGUGGAUCGAUGCGCGUAUGAUGCAGUUUAUUAUAUAGAAUUAUAAUAAUAGUGAUUAAGUGGGCGAAUUAGUACUAGAAAGAAUUUUGAAAAAAAAAAUACAAAAAGAAAAAAAAAACAGUGAAAGUGACCCAAAGAGCGAGCGAUUUUUCCUUCACUGGUCCAUGAUAUAUCUUAAUUAUAUUGUAGUGCACGACACGAACGUAUAAAUAUAUUAUUUAUGGUCACUCGUUACGCAAUUAAUAAUAAAUACGCAUUUUCAUGUCCUCGCGUGGACAUAAAGUGGACACGCUCGCUUUUUCGAUCACGAUAAUAAUCUUUUAGCGGGGGGGAGGGCCGAAACAAAUUGAUGGAAGUGACACUAGGGAGAUGAUUGAUCUCUUAUUUUCUUCUGUCUUCUCCCUCAUUUGUAUUUUUUAUUAUUUUUGUUGUCUUCAAUUCAUUUUUAUGUUUCCCCUUAUACACGAGAUCCUAAAUCUUUUUCUUUGCUUUGUAUUGUUUUUUCUUUUCGGUUUUUUUUUUCAAUAAUCAUUUUGGCUUUUUUAAAUUUAUCUAUUCGUGACAAAAAUGAGAUAACCUACGUGUAUAUUUGUAGCUCAUUCUUGUAAUUUUUUAAAAUAUCUUUUGAGUAGGUAAACUAUAUGAAGAUCCACGAGUGCCAUUCGGGUACUUGAAUUUAUAUUUUGAAAGUAAACGAGAAGGAAUAAGAGGCCCAAUGAACAAAUCCUACAGUCCGUCUGUACAAAUUGUCGUUAACUUCGUUAUUUCAUGUUUCAUUCCA